AUGGCUCACCCACCAUUGUCCCUUUAUCUUUCCAAUUAUUGUAAUAAAGACAUGGUACUGAAACGAGGUAGUGAGGGAUUCCAUUGCGUUUAUCCUGUAAAGUUAGACCUUCUUCUUUUGAAUGUCUCUCAAAACCCUGACUGGAAUCUUUUUCUUGAUGAAUUGGCGGCACAAUUGGGGAUGCGGGCUACCCAAAUUGAACUGAUAAACUUUUAUGUACACAGCUUAUCGACAUUGAAUAUAUCGAUGUAUAUCACUCCGCAAAAAGACAUCAGUUUCUCUGCCUAUGAAGCAUCUAGAAUAAACUAUUCCCUUAUAUUUCACAAGGUUCGUCUAGACAGUAGAUUUGUGGGUGACUACAGGGUUCUCAAUUUGACCUGGUUUAAACCUCCACCUCCUUCGAAAGCUCCUACUUUUGCUGCAUCAACUGUGAAAACUCCUGGGAGACAAGAACUUACGACUACAUCAUCAAGUACUUCAGACAGGGGAAGGCGUUCAAAUUUGGUUGUUGUCCUUGGAAUUGUUACUGGGAUACUCAUCAUUUCCAUUAUAUGUGUACUUAUACUUUGUUUAUGCACGCUGGGGUCAAAGACAAAAACACCUCCUACAGAAACUGAAAAGCCAAGGAUAGAACACAUAAUUUCGUCUGUUGGGUCACUUCCAUACCCAACUAGUACUCGUUUUAUUUCUCAUGAAGAUCUUAGAGAAGCAACAAACAAUUUUGAACCAGCAAGCAUACUUGGAGAAGGAGGUUUUGGUAGAGUUUUUAAAGGUGUCUUAAAUGAUGGUACUGCUGUUGCGAUUAAGAGGCUUACAAAUGGAGGGCAGCAGGGUGGCAAAGAAUUUUUGGUUGAGGUUGAGAUGCUUAGCCGGUUGCAUCACCGUAACCUUGUAAAACUAGUUGGAUACUAUAGCAAUCCUGACUCAUCACAAAACCUACUUUGCUAUGAACUUGUUCCAAAUGGAAGUUUGGAGGCCUGGCUUCAUGGUCCCUUGGGAAUAAACUGCCCUUUGGAUUGGGACACAAGAAUGAAGAUUGCACUUGAUGCUGCAAGAGGACUUGCUUACUUGCAUGAAGAUUCACAGCCAUGUGUCAUACAUAGAGAUUUCAAGGCAUCUAAUAUAUUGCUUGAGAACAAUUUUCAUGCUAAAGUUGCUGAUUUUGGUCUAGCUAAACUAGCACCUGAAGGCGGAGCUAAUUACAUGUCUACUCGAGUCAUGGGCACAUUUGGGUAUGUAGCACCUGAGUAUGCCAUGACCGGACACCUACUCGUUAAAAGCGAUGUUUAUAGCUACGGGGUUGUCUUGCUAGAACUGUUGACCGGAAAGAAACCUGUGGAAAUGUCACAGCCAACUGGGCAAGAGAAUCUUGUAACUUGGGCAAGGCCAAUUCUUAGAGAUAAGGAGCGGUUAGAAGAACUUGCUGAUCCAAAGCUUGGGGGAAGGUAUCCGAAGGAAGAUUUUGUCCGUGUUUGUACUAUCGCUGCAGCCUGUGUUGCACCUGAAGCAAGCCAACGACCUACAAUGGGUGAAGUGGUACAGACACUUAAAAUGGUCCAGCAUAUCACUGAAAAUCACGAUCAUGCAUUACCUUCAUCCAAUACAAGGCCUAACCUGAGACAGUCUUCUACCGCAUAUGAUUCUGAUGGGACAUCUUCAAUGUUUUCUUCUGGUGCUCACUCUGGCCUAAGUGCCUUUGACUAUGAAAACAUUUCUAGGACAGCUGUUUUCUCGGAAGAUCUUCAAGAAGGACGGUGA